CCCUUAUAGCGCAUUAACUGCUGCUCGUGUACUUGAUUGUACCGGAUGUAAACAAAUUUUUGGAUUAACAGUUUUUUAAUAGAAAGAAGAAUAAUUUUAUCACAGAAUAAAUUCAACAUAAAUGUAAAAUAAUUAUAUUUUUUCAAAAUGAGAUAUGGUCAAAUUGUCAUAGGGCCUGCAGGUUGUGGGAAGUCUACAUUCUGUUCCGUCAUGCAAAGACAAGCAGCUGAUGACAAUAAAAUAAUCGAAAUAGUCAAUUUGGAUCCUGCAGCUGAUUACUUCGAAUACACUCCUUUUGUAGAUAUUAGAGAAUUGAUUCAUGUUGAUGACACAAUGGAAGAUGAGGAAUUAAAAUUUGGUCCUAACGGAGGCCUUGUUUAUUGUAUGGAAUAUUUAAUGGAACAUAUUGAGUGGUUAGAAGAACAACUGGGCGAUACGGAUGAUGAUUACAUAUUAUUCGAUUGUCCCGGGCAAAUAGAACUCUACACUCAUAUGAGUGAAAUGCAACAGUUAAUUUUAACUUUGCAAAAAAUGAAUUUUCAUUUAUGUAGCGUUUUUGUAUUAGACAGUCAGUUUAUGGUUGAUGGUCCGAAAUUUAUGUCAGGUACCAUGUCAGCACUCAGUACAAUGAUUAAUUUGGAAUUGCCACACAUCAACAUUGUCACUAAAAUGGAUUUACUGUCGAAGAGCGCAAAAAAACAGUUGGACAAGUUUUUGGAACCUGACCCACACAGUUUACUGGCUGAAAUGAAAGAUGAUCCUUGGAACGAAAAAUACAAGAAUUUAACAAAUGCUCUAGGGGCCUUAAUAGAAAAUUACAGUCUUGUCAAAUUCUACCCAUUAAAUAUUAAAGACGAAGAAAGUAUUGGAGACAUAAAAAUUACUAUCGACAAUAUUAUUCAGUACGGAGAGGAAGAAGAUGUAAAAACGAAAGAUUUCGAUGAGCCUGAUGAGGAGGACGACAAGGAUUAAAAAAAAAGUUCAGAAUUUUGUAAAAAUAUAUUUUUGUUUACCAAUUGAAUCAAUAAAUUAUUACACUUUGUUGAUAUUUUCUUCAA